GCUUUAUCGGUUGAUCGGUCGGUCAGCUGCCACCGUCGUCGUUGCCGCCGUCGCCGCUGCGCUUCCGCAAUUGCGUAGCAAUGAGUCACUGUAGUACCAGUUACAUUCUCGCCGCCGAUUCAGUCGUGCGCGAUAUACUGUGUUUCCCCGUGCAUAUACACGCGCCACGCGCCUUUCGCACAAGCUUGCAUACGUCAACAUUUCGACAUGAUGUGAUCCACGGCGCGAACGUCUCUCAGCAGUCUCGGCUCUUCGAUCAUCCAGGAUCGCCUUUGUCCCCGAGACACGUGGGCGAGGACCGAUUCCUAAAUCCGGUCGCUCGUGAACGAUGAAUUCGUCGACGCAAACCAGUGAUGCGAACUAUGAAGGAGACGAUGAAAGCAUCAAUGUGUACGAGGAUGACGGAGAGAGGCUGAUCAAGCCGAGGAACAAUUUCGCGUCGUAUACCAACGAGGAUAUCAACGUGCGAUUCCGGAGCACUGGCAACAUUAACACAACACGUAGCAGCAUAGAGGCUAUCUCGGGUCAAUUCAGAAGGCUGUAUAUCAGGGAUAUAACUCCAGGAGCGACUAAUUUCAUAUCAACCAAUUAUGAGAGUCUGGAUUAUGACCCAUGCGAAAAUUAUCUUUUGCAAGAUGAGGAAAGAAAGAAGGGCUACAAGUUUAUCGUUAGAAAGAACUUUGCCAGGUGGUUCAUCUUUCUCUUGAUCGGAAUUUGCACCGCUCUCAUAGCGUGUUUCGUAGACAUAUUAAUAGAGCAAUUAUCUAGCCUGAAGUAUGGGUGGCUUAAGAAAUAUGUGGACCGCUGUGUGACAGAAGGUUGCCUGUGGGUGCCAUAUUUGAUGUGGUUAGUGCUAAAUGUAGUACCAGUUUUCAUUGGUGCCGUCUUAGUGUCCUAUGUUGAGCCUGUGGCCGCAGGAAGUGGUAUCCCGCAAGUAAAGUGUUACUUGAACGGCGUCAAAAUACCGCGAGUUGUACGCAUUAAAACUCUGGCUGUGAAAACCAUCGGUGUAGUAUGCACUGUAGUCGGAGGCCUAGCAGGAGGCAAGGAAGGUCCCAUGAUCCACUCUGGCGCUGUCGUAGCCGCGGGGAUUUCUCAGGGUAAAAGUACCACAUUUAAAAAGGACUUGAAAAUAUUCGAAUACUUCAGAGAGGAUCAUGAGAAACGAGAGUUUGUAUCCGGAGGUGCUGCGUCUGGAGUAUCGGCGGCUUUCGGAGCACCCAUCGGUGGAGUCUUGUUCAGUAUAGAAGAGGGUACUAGCUUUUUCAAUCAGAGCCUCACAUGGAGAACAUUCUUCGCCAGCAUGAUCACCACGUUCACUUUGAACGUGAUCCUGAGCGCGUACCACGGCCACCUCGGAGAUCUUUCAUAUCCUGGCCUGCUGAAUCUAGGAAAAUUCGAUUCGAUUCCAUAUCAGAUCUACGAGAUACCUCUAUUCAUGCUAAUGGGCACGUUCGGCGGAUUGCUCGGAGCUCUUUGGAAUCACGUCAAUUACAAGAUCACCUGCUUCCGAUUGCGAUUUGUGACGCGAAAGUGGCAGAAGGUUAUCGAGGCUCUCCUGGUGGCGAUACUAAGCGCGACAAUGGGAUCCUUGAUGAUAUACUUUGUAAAUGACUGUAAACCGUUGGGAAAUGAUCCUACCAAGUUUCCGGUUCAAAUGUACUGCGCGGAAGGGCAGUACAAUGCAGUCGCCUCUUUGUGGUUUCAAACCCCGGAAAGCAGCGUACGAUCUUUGUUUCACGAUCCUAAAGGAGCUCACAAUGAUCUUACGCUGGCCAUCUUUGUUGUAUUGUAUUUCUUUCUUGCUGCCACGACUUUCGGCCUAUCAAUGUCAAGCGGCCUUUUCAUCCCCUCUCUAUUGAUUGGAUCCGCAUGGGGUAGAUUAAUUGGAUCGGGUCUCGCGAAGCUGUGCCCAAAUUGCGAAGUAUUAGAUCCUGGCAAGUACGCUUUACUAGGUGCUGCAGCGCAAUUAGGAGGGGUAGUUAGAAUGACGAUAAGUUUAACCGCAAUCUUAAUAGAAGCAACUCAGGGAAUAUACUUCGGCUUGCCUGUUAUAAUAGUUCUUAUAAUGGCAAAGUGGGUCGGCGAUUUCUUUAAUGAGGGAAUUUAUGAUAUUCACAUACAAAUGGCAGGAAUUCCAUUGCUUCCGUGGGAGCCGCCUCCGCUCUCAAAUAAUAUUUACGCAACCGAGAUAAUGAGUCAUCCUGUCGUGGCUUUGAAAACCACCGAAAAUGUCGGGCAUAUUGUCGAGCUUUUGAAAUGCGUUACAUUCAAUGGAUUUCCGGUAGUUGACCCACCAAGUAGCGAUCAGGCCGAGAUACAUUCAUAUGGUCGACUCCGUGGUUUAAUACUGCGUUCCCAAUUAAUAGUACUUUUAAAAAAUAAGGUAUUUAAUGAAUACGAGGAGUUUUGGGAGAAACCUUUAACUAUAAAUAUGUUCAGAAAUGAGUACCCUAGGUAUCCAACCAUUGAGCAAGUCGCUAUCACUGAUGAAGAAAAAACUUACACGCUUGACUUGAGACAUUUCAUGAAUCCUUCCCCAUAUACAAUACAACACUCCGCCACACUGCCAAGAACAUUCAGACUCUUUAGAGCAUUAGGAUUACGUCACGUACCAGUAGUAAAUGAUACUAAUGAGGUAAUUGGUAUUAUCACUCGAAAAGAUGUUGCCAGAUUCAGGAUAUGGAAGCAUCGUGGAAGAAUGGGAUUGGACGAACUUUUAAUCACUAACAAGAUUUAGUUUGUUUUUAAGAAUCUAUUUUCCUUGAAUUUUAUCGUGUUUAGGCUUUUUUUAAAUAUUUCUGUGUAUUUUAUUAUGUAUAAAAAUUUUAGAUAUGUAUGUAUACACAUAUAAAUUGUUAACUAGGCUCGUGAAUAUAAUUUGGCAAGAUUAUAUGUGGAAAUAAUGCAUAAUUGCAUUGAAAGAAGUAUGUAAAGGUCUUUCCACAUAUAUUUAUUUGUGUAUGUAUGUAUGUGUGUGUGUAUGUGUGUGUACAUAUAAGUUGUGAUAUCAUUUGGCUCUGUAUGGUAUUUUAGUAGUACCAAAGUUUUAAUUAUUUACAAAUAAUUCCCAUCCAAGCCAUGACCAAAGCUUAAAAAAAAGAUAUACGGGUAGAAUAACUAAUAGUAAUAGAAAAUAGUAUUCGUACGACGAUACGUACAUGUCUCGAACAGCUUUAAUAUUUUAUCCCGUCGAUUAAUUCUCUAAUGAGAUACUAUUUUUAUUUAAUACACUAGAAAUCUUUAUAUACCCAACCUGAAACAAAAACAAAGUAUUCUAUUGUAUAAUGAAAAAUACAUUUAUUUAUUUUUACAAUA